AUGAUUUCUGCCUAUAGAAGCCGGAGAGCAGCAAGAAACGCUAACAAGAUCAAGAAAGGCUCCAAAUUGGUGGAUGUUGAUGUCGAGGUCACCAUACCGGAGCAUUUCCGGUGUCCGAUAUCCCUGGAGUUGAUGAAAGAUCCGGUGACGUUGUCAACAGGGAUCACUUACGAUAGAGAAAGUGUAGAGAAAUGGAUAUAUGAAGAUGAGAAGCACACAUGUCCGGUCACCGGCGUAAGCUUGACGACCCUCGACCCUGUACCUAAUCACACUCUCAGAAAGAUGAUACAAAACUGGUGCGUUGAGAAUAAGUUAUAUGGGUUUGAUCGGAUCCCAACUCCUCGAGCUCCGGCGAACUCGUAUCAAGUUUCCGAUAUUCUUUCCAAGAUUGUGGACAUGAGAGCGAAGGGGAAUGCAGAAGGUGUCAUGGAGUUGGUGGUGAAGAUGAAAGAUUUAGCGAAAGAGAGUGAGAGAAACAAGAGGUGCAUUGUUGCAAAUGGGUCAGCAAGAAUAUUAUCGGAGACAUUCGAGAUGUUUUCUUCCUACAAGAAUCAAGAAAACGCAUCAGUUUUGGAAGAAAUCUUGUCUGGUUUAACCUUGCUUCUUCCUUUCGAUCAAGAUACAAAAUCUUAUCUUGGUUCGAACCAAUGUUUAAGCACCGUUGUAUGGAUUCUAAAGGUUGGAACUUUAUCGGGAAGAAGGAAUGCUGUUUUGAUACUGAAAGAGAUUCUUUCAUCCGAUCAAACAAAGCUACAUGAAUUCACAGAGAUUGAAGGAAGUAUCGAAGCUUUAGCGAAGCUCAUCAAGGAGCCAAUUUGUCCUACGACAACUAAUGCAUCAUUGUUAGCGAUUUACCAUUUAGUCACUCCAUCAACUUCUUUUGACCACAAGAAAACCCUAAUCUCAACAUUCGUCAACAUGGGUAUAAUCGAUAAGCUUCUAGAAAUGCUUGUAGACUGCUCACGAGGUGUUUGUGAAAAGUCCUUGGGUGUACUCGAAGGUCUUUGCAGCAUUGACGAAGGGCUUGAGAAGGCUUACAGCAAUGCGUUGACAGUUCAAGUGUUGGUGAAGAAACUGCUUCGUGUUUCUGACAUGGCGACUGAGUUUUCGGUUUCGAUUCUUUGGAUGCUGAGUAGAUAUGAGAAGAGUAAAGGGGUAGAGGAAAGUGUCGCCAUUGAAGCACUUCAAGUGGGAGCUUUUCAGAAGCUUUUGUUGCUGUUGCAGGUUGGUUCUUCUGUGAAAACGAAGGAGAAAUCUGGUGAUUUGUUGAAGGGAAUGAAUGUGCAUAGAGGAAGAGUGGAUUGUAUUGAAUCUAUGGAUUUCAAGAACCUCAAGAGGCCAUUUUGA